AUGGACGGGCGGUUCGACAAGGCAGACCGUCUCUUCCAGUCUCUCCCCGACGCCUACAGAUCGUGCACUCACAACCCAGGCGACGUUAAGGAAGCCAUACCCGAGCUGUACUACCUACCGGAACUCUUCGUCAACGCCACUGGGUUCGACCUUGGCUGCACCCAGGCCACCGGAAAGCCGGUGGGAGACGUGGAACUCCCUCGGUGGGCUCAUGGAGACCCGUGGGAGUUCGUGAGGCGUCAUCGAGAGGCGUUGGAGAGCGAGCACGUCAGUCUGCGGUUGCACCGGUGGAUUGACCUGGUUUUCGGCUGUCGGCAGCUGCCGCCGGCGCUGGACAGGGGUCAGCGCGGGGCCGUGGAUUCUUGCAACGUCUUCUUUCACCUCACGUACCCGGGGUCGGUGGAUUUACCGCGAUUGCGUGAGCAGGAUUCACAGCUCUACGAGUCGACGAUGAGGCAGAUCGAAGAGUUCGGACAGGCCCCAGCUCAGCUGUUCAAGUCACCUCACCCCCGUCGCCUCUCAAUAGCAGAAGCGGAGGUGGUGCGACCGCUAGCAAGCCCUGUCCCGGGGGCCAACACAGAACCGCUUGCAGAGGCAAACAUCCCCUCGGUGACUGCCUCUUCUGCGGGCGUAGCCCCCGAAGUUGACAGCGCUUCGGCGGCGAGGACGGGAACGACGCAGCCGCCGCGUUCACACAACGUGGUGAGCUAUCCGAGGGAAAGUGUCAGCCGUGGCGCUGUGCUAGUGGUCACCGACCUACUCCCCUGGGCAGAGCGCCUCGUGACGGUAGAUACACGCCGUGCGAUCGGGUUCCACGGAUGGCGCACCCUGCCUCCAGAGAGAAGCCCGCCUUUCCGACUGCGGGCAGAAGCGGUAGAGGUGGGCGACGACCCACGGGAAAAUGGCGGAGGAAGGAUCUCGGGAGACAACGGCGGCGGCGGUUUGGUGGGGGCUGGAGGAGGAGGGGCAGGACCAGGGGGGGCGGGAAGUAUUCCAGUGCGCCGUUUCGGCGUGCCGUUCGCCCCCGAUGGGGUGGCUUCUUCCAGGCUGCUCGAACCGCCGCCCCUUGACAGCCGCUGCGGCGAUUAUGGCCUAGUCGGUGAUGAUGACGGUGAUGUUGUCUUCACCCGUCCGCUGGGAGGUCUCGGGGGGUCCCACGUCUCCCUUGCCUCCAUGGGGUCGCUCUUGUCCCUACCUCAAGCUUGUGUGCCCGCUUCUCAGCCGCCACAGCAGCUUUCGUACCCGGAGGACCAGCACGCGAAGGCGAAGUCGUCCUCGUGUCCGUCGUCGGGAGGGCCGCCGCUAGGUGCUUACGACGGCCACCACCACGACGAUCGGCAGCAAGACCAUGAGCCGGCCGGUUCCCCCGUCCCUGUUCACACAAGGGGCGAAGGCUGGAAUCGACGUAUCGGUGGGGGUGUGGGCGGUGGUGUGGGCCUUGGAUCGCAUCUAUUCGCCGUCCUCGCGGAAUCUUACCUGCUGUUCAGCGGCGGCCAUUGGGACUCGUCGUUCCGCGCCACAGCGCUAGACACGGGGCGGCUUGUGGUCUCGAUCGCGCGUCACCGCGACGUGGUAACGAGCCUGUCUUUAGCCGACGGAGGCAAAGGGUACCGGAGACUCGUGACGGCAUCGAGAGACACCACGCUUAUGGUGUGGAGGGUAGAAGACACUGCCGGGGAGCGAGCCCCCCCGGUGUCGCCGUCUUCCCUCCUUCAUGUCCUUUACGGGCACGACACUCCGGUGACUUGUGUCUGCGCCCGGGCGGACCUGGACGCCAUCGUGAGUUCCGGUGAGGAUGGCACUGUUGUGGUGCACACCCUAUGGGGGGGGGAGUACGUGCGCACGAUAACACCGCAGGGCGACGCUUCGCCGGCUGAAGUGACGGCCCUCGACGCGUCUGGGAGAAGGCUCGGCAGUCUUGUUGAAUCUGCGGAAAACGGCGGACAUGGAGAUGGAUGCAGCAAGGGGGUCCAAGACAAUGAGGAGGAAGGCGCGGCCUCGCGCAGCUCACGGUGCCCCGGGGUAGACGGUGCAACAGCGACGGCGUCAAGAGCGUUCAGGGGCAGUAACCUUCCCUCGCCGUGGGCCUCUGUGGAGUGGGUAGGACUGUCGUCGGCUGGCUAUGUCGUUGCUUACUCACCAGCAGACGCAACCCUACGGUCUUACACUGUUAACGGGCACCCGUUAGGGGCGGUACAGGUGAUGAAGGCCGAAGCGGGUCCGCUGCGGGCGUUUGUGUUUUCCGAGGACGGCACGGUGUUGUUGUCAGGUGGCCACGAUCGCGUCGUAACCCUGCGUUGGGCGUACAGUCUUGCCCUGGCGGACGACGGCAGCCGGAAAGGGUGUGGGGAGGCCGUGCUUGAUGGGGCCGGUCCCCCAUUGGCUGGGGUACCCGCCGCAAGCGCGGGCGUGCCGAAGUUUGCUUCUGCGGUGCGAGCUCUGGCGCUGACUGCCGGAGAACGGCACUUGUUGGUGGGCCUAGAUGAUGGGACUCUUGGUGUUUUGGCGCUGGACGCUAACUAUUUACGGCAGCGGUUGCGCUCCAAGCUUGACCAGUUGGGUAUUUGAAAGCACGAAAGGCAGGAAGAGAUGAUGCCUUGCUCGCGGAACUGGUUAGUUCCUUGAGCAGUGCAUGUAUGUGUUGGCGCUCAUGUUUGCUGCCAGGCCAGUUGCAACCGUAGUGUUGUCGGCGAAGACUGGUUGUUAAAGGAGGGAACAGUCACAGGAUAACGGGAGAGGGUAGGGUGUCAUCAGUGUGUCACGAGUCUUUUUUGUAGUAGGCGUUUGUUGACGAAGAAGUUUGGGUCUGCAACCCUGUUCUUUUUAGCUCGGUUUCAGAACGUGAUGGUGGUUCGUCAUCAUGUGACGGGUAUUUGAUGUAAAUAAUAGGAGCACGAUGCGUGUGCACAUAAAUGCGCGUGCUCAUGGACGAUCAAAAGGUGUUGGUAAAUGCUUGCAUGUUGUGAAUAAUAAACGGUAGCUUCAGCGAUAGAUUCAUGUACCACUGCGUGUGUUGCUAGCUUCAAACACGCACUACUGUUAAUGUCUUCACAUGCGCGGAAUAUUAAAGUGUGUGUAUGCUUCUGUCAUAGCAUAUACAAGGUGUUCGGUCUUGUUCUUCUGAGCGAGUGGUGUGUCAUUUAAAUGUACUUUGUUUUGUGUUUGAUUACGUCUGUAACGCCUUCCUCACACCCACAUGGUGUUGAGGGGGCCGACCUGGUUGGUGGGCAGCCUGAAGAUGAGCAGACCCAGGCCUCGUGGAGAAAAAAAAAAUCGUGCAUUAUUAUUGUGUUUGAAGGGGGCACAUUCCCAUUUCUGUUUGAUUCAGCCUGCGAGUCUUAGUCAGGUGUCAUUGCGCGUGUUUCGCUUUUUCGCCUCCUGGGUUUUUGCUCUGUUGUGAAGGUUAUUUGUCGGCAGUGGGCUUAUCCCGGUGUUUCGGGGUCUAUUUGUUUCGUACCCUGCGUGGUAGUCUGUGGCUGGCAGAAUUUGUGUGUGUUCCUCGAGUGCGCAAGAAGCGGUAUCAGAUGGAGGCCAGAAAGAAAGUGAAAACAGUUAUCAUCACAUACCAACAUACCAACACGGCAACACCACCGCCACCGCCAACAAGAUCCACAACGCAGUAGUACCAUCCCGUCGCCAAAAUAAAACGCUGGCAUUCCACGUACGACCGCGGCGUCGUAGCGGCGUCGCCUUUCCACGUUCUGAGCACUCCCGCUCCAGUCCACCCGAAUCUCCGUCCUGCAUUCACCGUGCGAUUCUCACACCUUUCGCCUCGCCCAACUUUUCAGAUCAGGAGCAGGCGGGGCAAGUGCUCCCAGGCCCAACACAGCAUGGUAGCUACACCACAAUACACACUGGUCACGUUGCGGUUCACAUCGAUGUGCAGUAGUCGCUACCCCAGUACGCCUCGACAGGACCUCCAUCGGUUCCGAUCCCAGAGCAUCUAUCCGCUGCCUUGCGUUCCCCCAUGUGCUGUCCAAGAAUAUUUUCUCCUCCUACUGCCGCCGUAGCGGAGUGCGCGACGUCCUUGGCGGUCUCGCUUACAGCUGCCGCCGCUGCCGAUAUCAUAUCACCUGCCCUCGUUGCUCGUGCCCCGAUAUCAACACAGCUCUGGCGGAAAAUGUGCAUUGCCCGCCGAGCACUUUCCCUUUUUGCGGGCAGCAGGUCGGGUCCAGAAGGUCCGUGAAUGGUACGGUCGGCGGAGAUGCAGCUGCGACGAAGCGCAUCAGUCGAUAUCAUAUCAGGGGGGCACCCGUGGUUGUUUUGAACUGGCUCACAUGGCGACGAUGGGUAUUCCUCCUCUUCUUCUUGCACCGGAAAUACCUCGUGUCGUGACCGGGAGAAAUCGAGGUUCGUGCUAACAUUCGCGUUCUCGCUGCCACCCGAGAAUUGUCUCCCCCUCCAUCGCCCGCAUGUCUGUUGGUGGAUGUUGUCGGUAUUCGUGCGCCUGGCGAGCCUGAUCUCGAGGUUUCGGAUCUGUUUGGCAGCAUGUAGCACGGCAAUUUUUCGGACACAGCGUGGUGGCGCAUUGUACAAGGGGUUCAUUGCUUGAAUUGGAGACAACAACGUAAAAAUAAAAAGACUGGCUCGAUGCAUAAUAGAUCGGUUAAUGGACCACACGCAAUAGUGUAGUUGGAUAAAUAUACCAGAUGUACAUCGCACGAGUACAAAAAACAUAAACCAACGCUCACCUAGCCGGUGGUCGAACCAGCAGAGGAAUGGGGACCGUUACAUACCAACAACUUCGGUACGACAUGACGUUGUGGGCUUGGCGCCCUUGAAAACGCACUGCAGUCCUGCUUGCCCCACAUUCACGCCCAAAGCACAUUAUCACCACGACCCCUACUGAACCUCACACAGUUUCUGACCUGGAUUUCUUUGACCUCGCGAGACACCUCGGCUGCCCGUGCUCGCUGCGUGACACUCGCAAUGGUAGCCUCCGCGGCCGCCUGCCGAAGUUCCGCUUGUCGAAGGUUCUCCUUCAAAUGGACUAUUUCCUCCCGUAGUAGACGGUGACUCCCCGUCCUGUUCUUUUCUUGUUCAUCAUCGUUAUCGACAAUGCCCAAGAAUUUGCCAUGACCCCCAUCAUCAUCGCUACCCAUAUGCUGGGAUAAGUCGUUUGAAUCACUGGUCGCUUUGCACUCGGUUCUCUUCGUUGCGAAAUGGUUGUUUUCUGCCAACCCUGCCUCUAAUAGCUGGGCUUCGUCGGCGGCACUUGAGACGCCCUCCGCUGGCCGAGUUGCCUCCACGCUUAGCCUGCCUGUGGAGCAUGAAGAGGCUGAGGAAGACGAUUCGUUAACUGU